AUGCUUCGUCAAUCCGUUGUCCGUUCCGCCAACACCGCUAGCCGGGCUGUGUUCACCCGCUCAUUCUCUGCUGCCGUCCCUCGUCUGGGUGAGGGUGACACCGGUGCUCCCCGCAGCUCUGGCGGCAAGACCUCCGGUGACUCGUUCAACCGCCGUGAAGCUGCCACAGAGAGCCUUUACAUCCGUGAGAAGGAGCUCGAGAAGCUUGCUCAACUGAAGAAGAAGAUCGGCGAGCAGCGCAAGCACCUUGAUGAGCUUGAGAACCACAUUGAUGGCUUGAGCAAGCAAUAA